AUGCUGGAGAUGUGCACGGCGGAGGAGCUGAGCAGGUGCAACGUGGACGGGCACACCCCCGCGCACUAUUGCGUCCAGUACGGCACGCCGUGGUGCCUGCAGUGGCUCCACGAGAGGGGCGCCGACACCACCACGCCAGACCUCGACGGCAUCACGCCCAAAGAUGCGGUCUGGAGGAGACGUGGACUUCCUGAUCCCUUUGCGGAUGUGCCCGAGUGCAGGGUGUUCGGGCGUAGCGUGGAGUUGCCGGCCGACCCCACCUUGGUGGAGGCCCUCAAGGGGGAGCUGACGAGCCAGAGCUGCGCCAAGGCGCAACACCACCACCUGGUGAAGAGCAGGCCCCCCGGCCUCGAUCCGCUGGUCACCAAGCGGCUGAACCAGGUCCGCACCCACAGCGGUCACCAGACGCAGCAGCAGAUCAACACAAGACGGCAGCUCGCACAGCAGCUCAACCAGCCUGACCCAGGCAGGCUGAAAGAAGUAGGUGCAGCCAAGGACCAGCAGCAGGCCCUCCUCACAGACCUGCACGCGAUAGCAGAGGGCGCGCUCGUGGCGGUGAAGAAGGCGUACAUCCACUGGGUGCACGACGCCACGGCAGGCAGUGCGAAGAUGGCCCACGCCUACACCAAGGCAGCGGAGCGCAGCCACCUGGAGGACAUCCUUGAGCACGAGGGCCGGGUCAUCAACCACCCGCAGCAGCUGGUGGACUUGCGCAAAGAGGCAUGGCAACGCAGGUGGACACGAGAUGCACAGAAGGCCGAGAGGAUCCAAGAGGCGCUGGCCAAGCUGAGGCAGGCUGCCUUGGCCCAAGAGAAUGCCCUCGAGCCCAUCAGCAAGGACAUCAUCGGCUCCAUCAUCCAGCACCUGAAGCCAUGGGCGCCCAUGGGGCUGGAAGACUUCGUGCAGUGCCUGACCAGCUGUGAGCAACGGGCAGCGUGGCCGUGGCAAUUCUACUUGGUGCUGGAGCUGCUGCUGGGCAAGAAGCCAGGAAUCGGCGGCGAGCGCCCCAUCGGCCUCAUGCCCAUGCCGUACCGUAUUUGGAGCGCAGCCAGGAGGCCCAUAGUAGCCACCAGGAGCAAGGCAGCGGCGGGCUUCUGGGACACGGCAGUAGCUGGCUCCUCAGCGCUACGAGUGGCAAUGCACAGACUGAUGAGGGCAGACGCCGCCACGGAGAUGGGCUUUCAUGCAGCAGGAGUCUUCUACGACGCGGCAAACUUCUACGACAACAUAGGCCUCGACCAGCUGAUCGAGAAGGCCAGCGCCCUCCAGUACCCGUUGCUGCCGCUGGCAAUGGCCGUGCAGAUGUACCUUGCGCCCAGGGCCAUCAUGGCCCACAGCCUCUUCUCGGACAUCUUCGAGCCUGCCAACAGCAUGGUGGCCGGCUGUGGCCAAGCGGUCGACCUCACCAUACCGCUCUUGUAUGGCAUCCUGGAUGCGGCGCGCAGGCGCUACAUCUUCGUCGUCAUGCAGCAGUGCCUGGACGACCUGGCCCUGCAGGUAGAGGGUGCGCGGCGGCAGGUCAUUGCCCAGACCAAGUACGUGGCAGCGCUGGUGCACGAUGGAUUCAAGCAGCUCUCGAUGCCCAUCUCCGUCAAGACGGCAGUGGUGGCCUCGGACACGGACCUCCAGGCGGAAGUCGCCAGCAUCCUGGACAGCCUGGGCACUCCCAACAAGCAACCUGGUGUAGUGCGCGACCUCGGCGUGGACACCAGCCUCGGCAAGCAGCUGCGGCGACCCACCCAUGCAGCGCGCCAGGCCACGGCCAAGCAGAGGGUGGCCAAGCUAAAGGACCUAGCGAAGACGGACGCCAGAGGCGCGGCAAAGGUCUAUUCAGCAGGGGCCUACUGCCAGCAGGCCUGGGACUUACCAGCGCACGGCAUCACGCCCACGGAGGCGAAGUCGGUCAGGGCCACGGAGGCAGCGCUCCUCACAGGCGGACACAAGGCUGGACGCUGCACGUACACCAUCCUCCUGAUCCAGAUGGGAAUGCAAGAGGCGGUAACCCGAGCCAUCGGCGACCAGAUCAAGCACUUCUGGCUCACCAUAGUCGACCACCCGACGGAGCUCAAGAGGUACCAGAGAGGCUGGCUCCUGCUCUACGCCAAGCUGGACGCCCUGGAACCCAACCGCAGGUGGCAGCAGGUCAAGGGGCCCAUGGCAGGGGUCAUCGCGCAGCUGCUUGGGUUAGGCUGGAUACCGCGACGCCUGGACAGCUGGAUCAGCCCAGCAGGUGACGAGUGGGCCUACAAGCCAGAUGACAUUCCUCACUUCGGCGCGCUCCUGCACGAAGUCCAGCAGAGCGCGCAGCAGCAGCUCUGGCAGCAGGCGGCUGGCCAUCGCUGUGGAGAAGGACUUCAGGCAGGUGGCGACCUCUAUCAGCUGCAGCGCCACCUGAGGAGGAGGAGGCGCAACGGACAGCAUGCAGAGGCAGCCAUGCUGGAGACCAUAGCGGUGGCGGGCAUCUGGGCCAGGGAGCGUCGCAGGGCGGCCAACCUCAACCAAGAAGGCGACGACACCUGCGCGAGAUGCGGCGAGGCGAUAGAGACAGAGGAACACCGCUACUACGCUUGCCCUGCCAACGCAGAGAUAGGGCACAGCAAUGGCGCCGACCUGGCGAAGAAGGCGAAGGACGCGCUGGACCAGCGGCAGGUCGACCCAGACGAGGGCGCGGCGAAGGCGGCGCAGAUCUUCUGCACCAGCGAAGAGGCUCAGACGGCAGCCCAGUCAGGGCACAAGGUUCGAGCAGACUAUGUCUUCACGGACGGCUCAGGUGGUGCAGGGGCAACGGCCAAGGACCCCCGCCUCAGACGCUGCGGCUGGGCAGUGGUGGCCUUCAGGUUCGACGAGCACGGACGCCCGCAGGAAGUGGCCGCCUGGUACGGCACGAUCAGGGCGCCGCACACGGUGCCACGGGCAGAGCUCACCGCUAUGAGCAAAGCCAUCGGGUACACCACGGCGGCGACAGUCAGGGGGCUCAACAUAGUCAGCGAUUGCAAGUGCGCCCUGGACGCGCUCAAGCAGAUCCAGGAUCUCGAGGACUUGGACUACAGGAGCACGAACUACGACCUCUGGCUCCGGGCGAAGCAGCAGCUGCAGAACAGCACGGGCACCAUCAUGGGCCACCGCAUCCCAAGCCACCUGAUCGAGCACCCAGCCGAGCUGGAGAGGUGGAAUGGUCCCACUUGGUGGGUCAUAGGAAACGAGAUGGCAGACAAGUAUGCAGGCUGGGGAGCGGAGCAUGGAGCACUGGAUCCAGCCAUCAUCGCGCAGCAGCAGAUCAGGGACCAGCUCGCCACGGCGGUGCAAAACCGGCUGCUGGCCAUCAACAUGGCGGUGACGGUGGAGGACCCCAACAAGGCCCCUCAGCGUCCCAAGGCCAAGCGCCGAAAGCCGCAGACGGUGAGGGACAGGGCAGCCCAGCUGGGACACGACCUGCGCAAGCUACAUCCGCGAUGGUGGUGUGCAACGUGUCGCAGUGGCCCAGCCAAAGGACAAAGCAUCAGAGACUGGCUGGCAGAGACGGGAGAAUGCCUCGGGAAGUACGGCGGCCACCAGGACCAGCACGGCAACGUCAGGCUCGACUUCAAGGCGGUGCAGAUCGGCACGCAGGUGGUGCACUUCUCCCACAAGACGCAGAUCUCCCAUGGCUGGCUCUGGUGCGAGAAAUGUGGCGGCACCAGCUACCUCGGGGACCACACGAGCAGGAUCGUGGCAGGAGUGGCAAGGAAGCUGGCCAGGCCAUGUCCGCCGCCGACAGCAGCAGGGCGUCGGGUCUUGGCGGACAUGCAGAGGGGCAAGCUGCCAAGAGGAGCUAAGCCAGCAGCAGACCCAGCUGAUGAGGGUCUCAACGAGAUCACCAUGCCUGGUGAUUUCAAGCUCGGCCUGAGUAACUAUGAGGCGAUCGACCUGGACGGGGGCAGCUCAGAGGCAGGGGGCCCGCAGCCAGCUCCACAGCAGCCACCCAGCCAUCCGCACUCUGUCGUCCAAGCCAGCUGGAGGCUCGUGGACCACAUGGAGGGCUACGCGGAGCAGUGGAUGAACAUGGUCGACCAAGAGGUCUGGGGCGACAUGGGCGACUGGAUGGAGCACUGCGUACCGUACCUCCUGGCCAUCGCCAAUGUGGGUGGCAGAACGGACACGCAAGAGCAGACCAUGACCGUCACCGCGCAGGAGCUUCAGCAGAUCAAGGACUUCUGCGAAGACGUCUGGCGCAACACGCACCGCACGCGACGGAGGCUCAUGACCAGGAUGCUUACCCUCCCGUAUGGUACAAGGCAGCAGGCAGCAAGAGUGCACAUGGACGCCUUCCAGAUCAGAAGGAACAACAUCCUGGCGCACAGCAUCCCCAGCAGCGAGCGCAGGCCGCUGCCGAGGACAGCGGAGGCCAGCCGAGAGUGGCCACCAGAGAACUUGGACGAUGAUGACUCGAUCCCAGACAGUGAAGCCCCAGAGCUGGAGGGCGAGCCGAGCGACCAGGAGAUGGAGACCAUGGCAGGACCCGAUCAGAGUCACGACGCCAACAGCCUGAUGCAGACGGCCGUGCAGGUGGCAGUUACGCUGAUCAAGCCAGUGGGGCCCGACCUGAUGAAGUUCGUGAGCGAAGCCGAUGAGGCCGGCCUGCUCCACCCAAGGCUUCGACAGAACAAAGGAGAUGCUGACCAGGACCCCGAGCAGGAGGUGGCGUGGCUCGAGAGGAACAGGCUUGAGCAGCUCAUGCAGUCGCUGGCAGGCUGCUGGAUCCAGAAAGAGGGCGAGCAGGGCUGGCCAUCGUGGCAGGCCGCGUGCGUGCCCCAUGUGCUGAGGGCGCUGCAGACUGGCGUCUACCAGAGGCUGUUCAGCAACGUGCCAGGGCCGAGCCGCCAGCGCAGCCAGCGCCGAGCGGCGGAGGAGAUCUGCCGCCUGGCAUGGCUCAACAGCGGAGAGGCGCGCAGGCAGAUCCAGCAGCAGGACCCGCAGGAGGCAGAGCGGCGCAGAGCGAUGGCUGAGCAGUUCCUGGGCGUGACUGAGCCAGCGGCGAGGAGCCGCA